AGGUGCUUAAUGCUCAACAGUCAGUGCACUGCCUGCCCAUCCUCACCUCCCCAUGAGCCUUGGUUCUGAUGCAACCUAUGGUCAUGCAGGGAUGCCCUUAUACCCUCCCACGAUGUCAUGAGUGGCGGGCAGCUGACAAGUUCCGUCACAGCAGCAGUCUGCGAAGCACCUGCCCCCAGCCUCGGGUUAGAGCUGCUGUCACUUCCCCUGCACCUCCUCGAGAUGGUACUGGGGUUCCCUGCCUAAGUCCAAAGCUGUUGAAUGGGUCUGUUGGUGCCGUUGGCCCCCUGGAACCACCAGCCAUGAAUCUGUGUUGGAAUGAAAUCAAAAAGAAGUCUCACAACCUUCGUGCUCGCCUAGAGGCCUUCUCAGACCACAGUGGAAAGCUUCAGCUCCCUCUCCAAGAGAUUAUUGACUGGCUCAGCCAAAAGGAUGAGGAGUUGUCAGCUCAGCUGCCCCUACAAGGGGAUGUGGCCCUGGUGCAACAGGAGAAGGAGACACACGCGGCCUUUAUGGAAGAAGUCAAGUCUCGGGGCCCCUAUAUCUACUCUGUGCUGGAGUCAGCUCAGGCCUUCCUGUCCCAACACCCAUUUGAGGAAUUAGAGGAGCCUCAUUCUGAGAGCAAAGAUACCUCCCCCAGACAGCGGAUCCAGAAUCUUAGCCGCUUUGUGUGGAAGCAGGCGACAGUGGCCAGUGAACUAUGGGAGAAACUGACAGCCCGCUGUGUGGACCAACACCGCCACAUUGAGCGCACUCUGGAGCAGCUGUUGGAGAUCCAAGGGGCAAUGGAGGAAUUAGGCACGACUCUGACCCAAGCUGAAGGAGUCCGAGCCACUUGGGAGCCCAUUGGGGAUCUCUUCAUUGAUUCACUCCCAGAGCACAUCCAGGCUAUUAAGCUAUUCAAAGAAGAAUUCUUGCCCAUGAAAGAUGGAGUCAAGUUGGUGAAUGAUCUGGCCCACCAACUUGCCAUUUCUGAUGUGCACUUGUCAAUGGAGAAUUCCCGGGCUCUGGAGCAGAUCAACAUCCGGUGGAAACAGCUACAGGUGUCAGUUGGUGAGAGGCUUAAGCAGCUCCAAGAUGCCCACCGGGACUUUGGGCCUGGGUCACAGCACUUCUUGUCCUCCUCUGUCCAGGUUCCCUGGGAAAGAGCAAUUUCACCUAAUAAAGUUCCCUACUACAUCAACCACCAGGCUCAGACCACAUGCUGGGACCAUCCCAAGAUGACAGAAUUAUACCAAACCCUAGCCGAUCUGAACAACAUUAAGUUCUCAGCUUAUCGCACUGCCAUGAAGCUCCGCAGAGUCCAGAAGGCCCUGCGCUUGGACCUGGUAACUUUAACCACAGCUCUGGAGAUCUUCAGUGAGCACGAUCUGCAGGCCAGUGAGCAUGUGAUGGACGUGGUGGAGGUCAUUCACUGCCUGACUGCCUUAUAUGAACGGCUGGAGGAGGAAAGAGGCAUCCUGGUCAAUGUGCCACUCUGUGUGGACAUGAGCCUCAACUGGCUCCUCAAUGUUUUUGAUAGUGGUCGCAGUGGAAAGAUGCGGGCAUUGUCCUUUAAGACUGGCAUUGCAUGCCUCUGUGGCACAGAAGUAAAGGAAAAACUUCAGUACCUCUUCAGCCAAGUGGCCAACUCAGGCAGCCAGUGUGACCAGCGCCACCUUGGUGUCCUGCUUCAUGAGGCCAUUCAGGUGCCCCGUCAACUGGGUGAAGUGGCAGCCUUUGGGGGCAGCAAUGUGGAGCCCAGUGUCCGUAGUUGCUUCCGUUUUAGCACUGGGAAGCCAGUCAUUGAAGCUUCUCAGUUCCUGGAGUGGGUCAACUUGGAACCCCAGUCCAUGGUGUGGCUGGCUGUUCUGCAUCGGGUCACCAUUGCUGAGCAAGUAAAGCAUCAGACCAAGUGCUCUGUCUGUAGGCAGUGCCCCAUCAAGGGGUUCAGGUACCGGAGUCUGAAACAAUUUAACGUGGACAUCUGCCAGACCUGCUUCUUGACAGGCAGGGCCAGCAAAGGCAACAAGCUGCACUACCCCAUAAUGGAGUAUUACACGCCGACCACAUCCAGUGAGAACAUGAGGGACUUUGCCACAACUUUAAAGAACAAAUUCCGCUCAAAGCAUUAUUUCAGCAAACACCCUCAGCGAGGUUAUCUGCCUGUACAAUCAGUUCUGGAGGCUGACUACAGUGAGACGCCGGCUUCUUCCCCGAUGUUGCCACAUGCUGACACACACUCCCGCAUUGAGCACUUUGCCAGCAGGCUUGCUGAAAUGGAAAGUCAGAAUUGCUCCUUCUUUAAUGACAGCCUGUCCCCAGAUGACAGCAUAGACGAGGACCAGUACCUGCUGCGGCACUCCAGCCCCAUCACGGACCGGGAGCCAGCCUUUGGACAGCAGGCUCUGUGCAGUGUGGCCACAGAGAGCAAGGGGGAGCUCGAGAAGAUCCUGGCCCACUUGGAAGAUGAGAACCGGAUUCUCCAGGGAGAGCUGAGGCGCCUGAAGUGGCAGCACGAGGAGGCUGCCGAGGCACCCACACUGGCUGAGGGGUCCACUGAGGCAGCACAGGACCACCGUAAUGAGGAGCUUCUGGCUGAGGCCAGGAUUCUUCGGCAGCAUAAGAGCCGCCUGGAGACGCGCAUGCAGAUCCUUGAAGACCACAACAAGCAGCUGGAGUCCCAGCUGCAGCGCUUGAGGGAGCUGCUCUUGCAGCCAUCCACCGAAUCAGACGGCAAUGGUUCUCCAGGCUCGUCUCUAGCAUCCUCUCCACAGCAGUCAGAAGACAGUCACCCCCGGGAGAAGGGACAGACUACUCCAGACACUGAGGCUGCAGAUGAUAUGGGGUCAAAGAGCCAGGAUGUCAGCCUGUGUUUGGAGGACAUCAUGGAGAAGCUCCGCCAUGCCUUCCCCAGUGUACGAAGCUCUGAUGUGACUGCCAACACACUGCUGGCCUCUUGAUGGAACCAUAUCCCCAUCCUAUAAUCCAUGGUCUUCUCCUGGUCCUGGUCAAAGUCUUCCCUCAGCCUUCAGCCAACCUUUCCAGUCCCCACUGGCCCCACAUUCCUCAAUCAGAGUUAUUUGGGCUCCGGGCAGCAGCAUGGAUCUGGUGAUAUGUGAGGUGGGAGGUGGGGUCAGGGGAAGGGGAGGCAUGAUUCCUCUGAAUCUACAAAUGUGCCCUUUAAUCCUCAGGUUUGAGACCAGUCCCUCCAGUACCCUUCUGUCACAGCCCAAGUAUAUAGCACUUGCCAUUCAGACGGGGAGCAGAUAAGCUGCCUUUCAGAGCUAAGCAGUGCCCAUCAGCUCCUUUCCCUUCUCUGUGGAGUUAUGAGAGAAGGAGAAGCCUAACGACCCAAGGGUUCCAACAUUAUGAAUCCACAGGGGUUAGCUCUACUCUCUGGCCCAAUUCAGGGAGGAAAAAGGGUAUCCCUGAGACACCAUCCUCCCAAAGUGCCCCUGAAAAAGUCUGGGCAGUGUGUGUACUGUUACUUCAGCUCCAGGGCAGAUCUCUAGCUACAAGGCGUUGUUUCCUCCUCGAAUAUCUUUAGUUCCUUCUGCCUCAGUCCUUGGCAGACCUUCCUCAAGGGGGCAGCAGUUCAUUCUGAUUCCUACUCCCACCUUACACUUGGAAACAUUAAAGAAAUACUUCAGGUUUAGACUUUUUGCCCCUGAUCCUCCUCUUUCCUGAAGGCCUCAGCAUCCUGAGAGACCUACUAAGUUGCUCUGGAAACCCAGCUGAAGCCACCCUUUACUCCUUUGAGUCUGUCUUCACAGACCUGGGGCAGGAGUGGCAGCUUGCUCAACAAAGGGAUCUUGCUCUCCUUGGGUGAGAAAGGAGAAGCCACCCUCUAGCCCAACACCCUUCCAGGCUGUGACCCUUCUAGCUCUUAGGCUGAAUGGGAUGAUGUGGCUGAUUGCCCCUAGCUAAUCAUAAGGCAGUAGCAACUGGCCACCCUGAGUGGCUCCCCUUCCUACAAGCCACUGGCCAUGAAUCAGGAUGCUGACCACUUUCCACCCAGACAACAGCAAGGCCUUCCUGUGCUUAAAAAUGUUCUUUCUAACUCUGGAAGGUGAGCCCAAUCCUCAAACUGAACUAACUCUUCCUAGGCAACAUAUAUCAUAAUCCCUUUAUCCAGGAACUGUUCAGAGUAGACAGUGGGUGCUAGGGGGAGUGGGCUUUGGAACUGUGAACAGAGUCCAAGCCCGUUUAGUCAGCUUUCUACCAAGGGGAGCUUUAUAACCUAGAGCCCUGCAGGCGACUUAAUUUGCCGAAGAUUAUAUACAUACAUAUUUACUCUACAUAGCUACCAUACAUCAGUGCUCUCCCAGCUCACUCACACAUUUAAUUCUAAUACCUCUUGAAGUAUUAGUGUUCUGCAUUGCUCUUUGUUAGCCCCAGCCUCUGGUUGGAACAAUAGAUGCAUCCUGGCUGCGUCCCUAGGAUGUCUCUUGCCAUUGAUAUUUAGGGUGGGCUUUCCUCAAGACCAAAGCAACAGAAGCCUGUGGGCACAGAGGAAUCUAACUGGAACAGUCACUGUUCUCUUCACUCACUCCACAUCUUGUCCCCUUGAGACCUGGGCCUUGGAUGAAUUUUUCUGGGCCUACCUAAACAAUGGUUCAGGUACCAAAAUAUAGUAAAUCCAAGCUCUACCCACCCCACACAGGAAAGAAGGAACAAAUAGGCCUAUAUUAACCUUUGCCAGGCUAAGAACAGAGUAUAUCCCCUGGCCCCUUCUGAUUGCCAAGGUCUGGCUCAGGGCCUUAAAGAAAGGACCAGUUGCCACCAAGAUCAGGAGGGAGCGAGAUGGCUGGGGUACUGUGUUCUAAUCAAGCAGUGGGCCAGCGGGUAGGACUGCUGCAACCUAGAUUGAUCUGCUCCAGGGGAGGGAAGGCAACAGCUUGGGUCCAGAAGCCCAUGAUGGCCUCCUCCCCCACCAAGCCACAGGUCUAGGGUGUCAGAACUCCCAUCACAAAGGAGGUCUCUGGGCAGGAGAACUGGGUAUCUGGAAAUAUGGUGAGCAGGUGAUAGCCAGGCAUCCACCACAGAGCCUGGGUGUCACUCGGAAUGGGGGCAUAUUUGUAGAAGCCUAGAUUGUGGGCAGGAAUGGGAUAGGAGAAAUUUUCUGUGGGACAGAGGGCUCAGGGACUUUGAGAUAUGUGUCUGCCUAAGUCUCAGGAGGGCAGAUAUUAUGGAACAGUCCUUUACCAGGGAAGUCCUUUCUAUAACCCCCACCCCACACGAGAGCUUUUGGGCUGCUGAGGGCCUGUGGCAACUGCAGUGGGCCAGGCAUGGUAGAAAAGAUGUAGAUCUCGUCAUGUAGGACUUGCGUGGUAGAUGGACUGAAGCAGCAGGUCAAGUUGAAUUCUCUCUAGGGGGGCCACUGACACUUUGUGGUCCUGUGUUUACCUUAAUACCUGAGGUUAGUAUAUUACUCAGGGGUCCAGUGACAGUCACUGCAGCGUGUGUGGGCAGUUUGUCCACAGUGGUAAAUGGAUCUUUGGGCACUGUGAACCCAAAUCGGGGUUGGAAUUACCAAAAAUGUGCUGUAUGUUGUUAGGCAUCUGUUGUGUAUCAUGUCUCCUAAAGGUAUUAUGUGUGGUGCUGUGUAGUUUGUGGCCCUGUACUGGAAGGGUGGUGCAGAAGGGAGUUGCUGGGUUGGUAGCCUAAGGCAAACCUUCUGAUUUGUGGGAUUAGCAUCAGUAAUAAAGAAUGUGAGUGUUUGCUGGGUUGUCCUCAAAUAGUAUCAGGGAACAGUUAGAACUGAUAGGUAACUUAUUCGCAACAGAAUUCAGUAGAGACCAAAAACCAUUAUGAGGGUACCUCUGCUCCCAGCUAGAGCAGCACGGAUUCGCAUUGCUUAGGAAUUGUCCAGGAAGGCUGACUGGCUGGAGGACAUUAGGCUGUGGUAUGGUUCUCUAGGGAAGUUCCCACCAGAAGGACAUGUGCCCUUCCUUCCAGAAUGGAAAGGCUGGAAUCGAGGCUCUCAAGUGCCCAUUUCCUUCAAGGCCUAAAGUUGGGAACUAUUUCUCUAUAGAGAAACAUGCUUGUUUUUGGUGCUCCAGGAACUGGGCUGGAAGGCCACAGUAAUGAGAAACCCUGGGGCCAGGCAGAGGCCAAUACUGGGAGAUGUUUUCCCUCCAGAUUUAUUUUAAGGAAUACCUGUGCUGCCUGGGGUGCUGUGUUUGGGAUUUAGGCUCCAUAUCCAGCUCCAGGCUAGAGCAUUCUUUGAAUUCGCAUUCUCAGUGGCAGUCAUGGCCUCUGGGACCAUUUCAGGCCAAGAAUUGCAUCCAAUUUCCCUUGACAUAGCUGACAGAUAAUCAAGAAAGUAGCUGCCUUAACAGGAACAGUCUUGGGACAGAAACUGGGGGCCCUGCCCUAGGGCUGUGGGGAUUUAGCUCCUCAGCUGAGCAGCACUAUCUCUGGGUUUCUCUGCCAAAAACUGGCCCUGGGAACAAAGGAAUACUUCAGCCACUUCUCACUCUUCUGACAGCAAUGGCUGUGGGAGAGGGAAAGGCUCAAGGCCAGGGAUCAGCUCUGUGUCCAUCUCCUCCCACAGCUGCUACAUUUGGGAGAGGACAGGCUGAAUGUCCUUGCUGUCCCCAGGACAGAAUUGAGGCCAGACUGAAGCCUGCAAUGCUGCUUGCUGGCUGCAAGAACUGGUCACAAGGAUGGGAAUUGGGGAAGGGAUUCAGGGGCAGUGGCAAGGGUGGCAUGCAAAUCUAGAAAAGUUGGGACAGUGGGGCAGGGUUGGGAACAAAUUGGAUAACUUUGAUUGCCACUCACUGUGGUGCUUUCCCCCUAUCCCUUGAAUUCUGCUUUGAAAAGAAUAAAUUUGUAUUUGUUUACUUUGG